AUGUCGUUGUGGGGCAGUCUGUUUUCGUAUUUCGAUUUUCUGGCCGCCACAACGAUUGGAGCCGGCCUGUUUCUGGCGCCCGACCGCGUUGGAGACUUUGUUUUUGUGAGUUUGUUAUCGGAUAUUGUUUUAGAUGAUGGUUAGGUUGGCGUUUUGAAACAUUUAUUUGAUUUAUGGGGAAUUCUUGAGAGAUUCUUUUUACAAAAGAAAGGUUUUACUUUCUUUAACUGAAACAUACGAUUUUGGAAGAUACGUAAUUAUAGUAGAAAAUACGUAAAAUCAACGAACUUGUUCACAGUUUGCAGAUGGCACAUUUCAAAAACUGUUUUAUGCUAAUAUAAAUUUUCGAAUUUUGAGAGUUAAUCGAAGAAAAACUUACUUUAAUAUGGAAAUACCCUUUUCGACACUUUACUUUCAGCAAAAACAAACAGACGGAGUGCACUGGCAUCUGAUCAGAUGUGUGGGAGGUCAGAUUCUAUCGUCAGCGUGGUUCCUGAAGUUCCGUACACGCAGUCGUGAAACACGAACAUCAUGUUACCUAGUGCGUAUAUUGGCAUGGGCAUUGACCUUGUUGAUGGUAUUCCAUGCUCGAUCAGCGUUCCCAAAACUUCUGCAUCCUGAUGUAAGCGUGUUAUGUCAAAAUUUUUGGUUUAGAAUUCUAAGUUCUAGAGCAAAAAUUUGUUUGAAUAAUUAAAUCAAAGUUAUACGAUCAAAAGUGGAUAGCUUUGUUGUUUUAUGCUUUAUAGGUAACAAUAGGCAAUUAAAAUUGUUAUUUUUGUGUUUCAGUUUGUCAAAGCAGUGAUUUACUUCGGAUUCACAUGUAUCGCUCUCUGUUUCGUCACACUAGUAGCUACAGGAUGGCCAAUGGGAGACAGAUUCUAUAAGGAAAAGUGGUUUGGAAACUUUUUGUAUAAUCUGGAUUCUCUCGCUUCUGUAGCCAUUGGAACCGCUUGGAUCGCUUGUCCACACUGGCUCCUUCACCGUCAGGUAUGUUUUUGAUAAAGUUUUUAUUUGUUUGAGUAUUAGAUGGCCAUUUAUUCAAAACUUUGUAUACUUUUUUAAAAUUUAUAUGUUCUUCUUGACCACAUUGUCCCUUAUAGUGAAUUAUUAUUCCUUCGAAUUGAAAAAGUAAUCCUGCGAAGUAAAUGUGACCCAUUUUAGGUGAAUAUCGAGAUGGACGAGACUCACGCGAUCUGUGGUCGCUUCAUGGGCGUCUUCUUCGUAUCUUCUUACAUCCUGAGUACUCACGCCCUGCAUUGGAAGGACCUCAGCGACCGGUCGUUGGCUGCCGAGGCUCGUGCCGUUUGUUGUUUCUUCAUCUUAACGGCCCAAAUCUGGUCCCAGUACGCGUACGAACGAGACUGGAGUGGAUCUCAUUGGGUGGGCAUCUCGUUGUUCUCUAUCUGGACGGUGGUAUCGUUCUCUUACCGUAUCCACCUGUACUUUACGGUCUCAACUAAAGCUAAGAAACAGUAA